AUGAGGAAGCGACAAGUAGUUGUGAGAAGAUCAGAAGAAGGUUCAGCAACUUCAUCUUUCACGAUGCGGAGCGUGAGAUAUGGAGAGUGCCAGAAGAACCAUGCCGCCGGUGUUGGAGGCUAUGCCGUUGAUGGUUGCAGAGAGUUCAUGGCAAGUAACGGAGAGGAGGGCACAACUGCUGCACUCACCUGUGCUGCCUGUGGCUGCCACCGGAACUUCCACAGACGAGAGGUGGAGACUGUCUGCGAGUGCCCUUCACCUUCAGCAAAUGGGGCUUAA